AUGGGGGACCAACAAUUUUUCCUAAAAUGGAACGAUUUCCAAACAAAUAUGGUGACAUCGUUUAGGCAUUUACGAGACGAGAAAAGCUUUACUGAUGUAACACUAGCUUGCGAGGGACAAACAUGCAAAGCCCACAAAAUGGUCCUGUCUGCGUGUAGUCCUUAUUUUAAAAGUUUAUUAGAGGAGAAUCCAUCAAAGCAUCCAAUUAUAAUACUGAAGGAUGUUUCGUAUCUCCAUCUCCAAGCGAUACUAGAGUUUAUGUAUGCGGGUGAGGUCAAUGUGUCGCAGGAACAAUUGCCCGCCUUCCUUAAGACAGCCGCGAGGCUUAAGGUCAAAGGUUUAGCUGAGCCGCCUCCACAGAUGCCCAGCAUCAAGCGGGAAGGCUAA